AUGCCAAGAUUAACUGCCUCUGCCUUUGCAUCAGGAAAUGAGACUGAUCAUUUGGCCCUGCUCAAAUUCAAGGAAUCUAUAUCCAGCGACCCAUAUGGAAUCUUACUUUCUUGGAAUACUUCUACUCACUUUUGUAACUGGCCUGGAAUAACAUGCAAUCUCAAGCUUCAAAGAGUUACACAGUUAAUCUUGCUAAGGUACAAGUUGGAGGGAUCCAUAUCUCCUCACAUAGGAAAUCUCUCUUACAUGAUCAACUUCAAUCUAGCAAUCAACAACAUCCAUGGAAAAAUACCAGAGGAACUGGGACGGUUGUCACGUCUACAACAACUAUCUGUCGGAAACAACUUACUGGUAGGUGAAAUUCCUACAAACUUGACAGGAUGUGUUGAUCUCAGAUUCUUAUACUUAAACAAGAACUUUCUGACUGGCAAAAUACCAAUUGCAAUUGGCUUACUUAGAAAGCUUGAAAGUUGGAGUGUUUCCAGAAACAAGGUAACCGGAGAAAUACCUUCAUUCAUAGGUAAUCUUUCAUCCCUCACUCUUCUCGAUGUCGAUAGUAACAACUUUGAAGGACAUAUUCCACAGGAAAUAUGCCGUCUCAAAAACUUAACAUUUGCAUCAUUUGGUGGCAACAAACUCACUGGAACAUUUCCUUCUUGUUUUUAUAAUAUGUCAUCUCUUACAUGA